AUUCGUAUUAGUACUCUUCUGUUACCCUCGAACAGGUGAUCGUGGAUCCAAACAAAUUGACCAGCUAUCAGGCCUCGUCUUCCUCAUCUUUUAGCCCAAGAAGCGUUAUCGAGAAAGAUUAAAUGGCUUACACUUGGCCGGUAAUCGUAGCUGGUAUUUCAUUCCUAAUUUACUACAAACGCCUUCCUUGGUUUCUGUUUCCAUGUCUUCUCUUUGGGGCGUUUCUCGCCUCAGGAGGAAAGUAUUUUCCGAGAGUGUUCUUUCGAACAAUUUUGCGUGAUCUGAGGUUAGUUUACUUGGCUGUGAAGAUUAAUAUUCAAGUCAAAAGACUUCAGAAGAAGGGAAAUGUGACUGUUGCUGACAUAUUUCGAACAAAGGUAUCCAAACAUCCAAGGAAAGCAGCCUUCAUAUUUGAGCAGACAACAUGGACGUUUCAAGAUGUUGAAGAUUUCUCCAACAGAAUUGGAAAUUAUUUUAAGUCUCAGGGCUACAAAAAGGGAGAUGUAGUGGCUCUGUUUCUAGAUUCUUGCCCUGAAUUUGUUUGUAUAUGGCUGGGUUUGUCCAAGAUUGGUGUGAUAACUGCCCUCAUUAACAGUAACCUUCGACUGGAGUCUUUGAAGCAUUGUGUGUCUGCUGCAGAUCCCAGGGCAGUAAUCUUUGGAAGUGAUCUAUCAGAUGCUGUGAGAGAUGUUCGCAGUCAGUUUCCAGAAGAUAUGGAGCUGUACAACUUUGGAACAUCUCCCUGUUCUGAAGCUUCAGCUAAGAGCUUGCUUCGGGAAAUGGAAAGAAGUCCCUUAAAACCACCACCUGCUGAUGAAACACAGUCAUUUGAAGAUGUGCUGAUGUACAUCUACACUUCAGGAACUACUGGAUAUCCUAAAGCUGCAGUGAUAACCCAUCUCAGGUUCUUCCGAUUCAGCAAGGUGUCCUCUCUGUACAGUAUCACAACUGAAGACAUCUUAUACUGUACUUUACCAUUAUAUCACUCUGCAGGAGGUGCCAUUGGUGUUGGAUCUUGUCUUUUAGGAGGAAUCACAUUGGUGUUAAGAAAAAAGUUUUCUGCUUCUAAAUUUUGGGAGGAUUGUAUUAAGCACAAAGUAACUGCAAUCCAGUAUAUUGGAGAGCUGUGCCGCUAUCUGCUAGCCCAACCACAUUUCCCAUCAGAGAAGCAACAUUCAGUACGGGUUGCAUUGGGAAAUGGAUUAAGGCCUCAAAUAUGGAAUGAAUUCCAGUCUCGCUUUGGUAUCAGCAAGAUUGGAGAGUUUUAUGGAUCAACUGAAGGAAAUGUGGCAUUUUUCAACAUUGAUAAUACCCCAUGUGCCUGUGGUUUUGUUUCAAUUAUAUUCCCAAAGUUUCUUCCAUUCUGUUUCAUCAAAGUUGAUCCCAUAACUGGUGAGGUACUUAGAGAUAAGAAUGGGCUUGCAAUCCAAGCAAAUGCUGGGGAACCUGGACUUGUGGUUGGAAAAAUCAUAAAAGAAAAAGGCCUCAAAUUUGAUGGAUAUUUGAACCAACAAGAAACUGCAAAGAAAAUCUGCCACAACAUUUUUAAGAGAGGAGAUGCAUAUUUCCUAACUGGGGAUCUUCUCAUCAAGGAUGAGUAUGGUUAUGUUUAUUUUCAUGAUCGCCUCGGAGAUACAUUCCGCUGGCGAGGAGAGAAUGUUUCUACCGCUGAAGUGGAGGCAAUAAUGAGCAAUAUACUGAGUCUUCGUGAUGUGGUGGUUUAUGGUGUCCAAGUUCCUGGCAUUGAAGGAAGAGCAGGCAUGGCUGCCAUUGCUGAUCCCCUCAACAAAGGCAUCAAUUUGAGCUCUCUUGUCCAAGGAUUAAAAGAAAAACUACCUAGUUAUGCUUGCCCCAUAUUCCUGCGAAUAAUUUUUGGUGAUGUAGGUCUUACAGGAACAUUUAAACUUCAGAAGACUCAGCUAAGACAAGAAGGAUUUGAUGUGGGAGUAGUGAAGGAUAAACUUUUUUAUUAUGAUUCACAAGUAAAGCAAUAUGUAGACUUGGAUGAAGAAAAGUAUGCUAAAAUUGUUUCUGGUGAGAUCAGAAUGUAGGAUUUUUCAUUUACAUAUUUUAUCUUUUUAUAUAGUUCUGUACUGUGCAACUCCUGUACAAUUCUACAGUAACAUUACAAAACCAGAACUCUUUAUUACUACCUACAAUUUCUUGUGGCUCCUGACAUGAUGUCCUACAGGUUAACUACUAAUGACUGUUAUUUCUUGAAAUUCAAUCAUUUAUACAUAGCAUGUUUUCAGUAAUGACUAUUUACAGGUCACAAAAUGUAGGAGCACUGUAUUUUUGUUUAUCAUUUUUCAACAAAACCACACAUCCUGUGUGUACACUUCAAGUACUUUUCAACUGUUUGGAAAAAGCAUGUCUGUUUCUUUGUUUGUGCAUUUGACAUUGAAGAAUCCGGAACAAGAUAUUUUGUUGAGUAUUUAUUGAUAUUAAGAAAAACAAGGAGAUAGCUGAAAAAUCAAGUCUGGAGGCACUCUAUUUUGCCUUGCUUGUCAGUGUAAUAUAUCUAUAAAUAUAUGUAAAGUGUAAACUUUGAUUUUCGUGAAACAGUGCUCAAUACAUAGAAGUAGAGUGAUGUAUAUAUUGUGGGAGGAAAAAGACAAAUAAACUACAAGUUUAUUUCCUGGUUUUCCUCCCCUGAUGAGUGGGCAACCACAAAACAGGCUUGUAGGGAUGAACUUGUAGU